AUGGGGUUAGACUUAUUGAGACUAACAGUGACCACUUCUUUCAGGGACAUAUCUUGCCUUGAAAAAGAUUUGGACAUGAGGCUGGAUCUAUGCACCAGAAGACCUGUUACUACACUUACUGAUGAUGAACUGCAAGGCAUUAAGGAAUUGAUUGAUUCAGCUAUUUUAGAUAGAGAAGUUAAGGGUGGACUGAGAUGGCCCUUGGGGAACGCAGUUUCUGGAGAUAAAAUUCGUGUGACUGCAGUCUGGCAUGUAAUAAGUAAAAAAUACAAAAAUCCAUCACUAAAGCUGAAAAUAAAAAAUGUUGAUCGGUAUAAAUUUUUAUCAUCAACUGAGGAACCUAGAAGGGAGGUUGUUAUAAUGCUAAAAGGAGUAGCUUCAGAAUUAAUGAAACAAAGGGCUGAUAUGAAUCUCAUUAGUGAGAUGUUGAAAGAUGACUUGAAGGCUAUAUGGAACAACUUUCUUUGA